UUCCGACAACCCGACCUUCCAUUUUACCCGUUCCACAUUUUAUCACUACCCCAUUGGCGGAAAGCACUAACGAGUGUACAUAGAUAGAAAGUGUCAAGCCUUUCGAGGCGUAUUUGUGUCUUUUAACAGCUAGGAAUUUACAACUUUAGGCUAGCAAUAUGAAUCCACCGUGUCAAAGAUGCGGGAAGCUGGUCUACCCGAUGGAAAAGCUCAAAUGCCUAGACUUGUACUGGCACAAACCAUGUUUCAAAUGCGAGGUGUGCGGGACGACGCUAAACCUAAAGAAUUACAAGGGAUACAACAAGAAACCGUACUGUCAAGCUCACUACCCCCAGACAAAGUUCACGACGGUGGCUGAAACUCCUGAGAUGCAAAGACUUAAACAGUUAACGGAGCAACAAAGUCAGGUCGAAUAUCACAAAGGUUUUGAAGAGACGAAAGGGAAAUAUACACAGAUAGCUGACGACCCCGAAACGAUGCGUCUGUCUCAAAAUAUGGGGACAAUAAGCUCGGUGAAAUACCAUGCUGAAUUCGAGAGACAGAAGGGGACGAAACUCUCUGUGGACACGGAUCCAGAAAUUGAGCGAACUAAACGCAAUAUGGCGACGAUUAGUAAUGCGGAGUAUCACAACCUGAAGCAACAGCGAAACGAUCAGGAAAAACGUCGACCUUCGGAUGCCGAGCAGUAUAGUCAAAUGCCGUACCUCCUACAAGAUACAACUUAUGAUAAAGCUCGCCAUUAUUCAAUUGAUGCUGGCCAACCUUCAUAUGUCGGUAGUCUGCCCCGUCAAAAAGGCGGCGAAAAUACCGCCAAAAGUUUGUACGCUGGCGGUAGCCAGACACUACCUAGAAAGGUUGGCGAGUAUGCACAUGAAGAGCGGCGCGGCUCCAAUAAUUCUGACGACCAAUUCAAACGCCCCACCGUCGAUUCGAAACCGGCCCCAGGUGGGGGUAUGACUCGUGUCUACAGCGCAACAGAAAACGACCCCUCCCCCUACUCAGCGCGAUCCCAACCUAGGGUCGUCUAUAGCUCAACAGGAGAUGUUCAUAGUACGAGCGGUAGCGCCUCCAAACCUAUCGGUUCCAUCUUCGAUAAAGACGACCCGCUCCAAGAGGACGAGUUUUACAAGGAGCGGAUGCGAGACAAACAACGCCGGGCCUCUUAUCAGCGCAAGGAGAAGCAAUUGCAUGGGUUCGGGUAUGUUGCGCAACCCGCACCCGUUAAGCAGGCUUCGCUUGAUUCGGCGGGGUCUCAGAGUUCGUAUCAAGACCAAGCGGCACAAAAUCGGCCACAAUCCACGGGGGCCUACGACUAUCAGUACGGCAACACAGGUUCGGGUUACGACCAUCACCAACCAGGUCACGAACGUCACUCCGCUUACAACCAAUACCGUCACUCGGAAUACGAACCUCAACAACACUCUGGCCAUGACCACCAUCGCCAAGAAGAGCCUAAGAAACGUAAUAUUUACCAACCGACGCCGUUCUCUAUGACGGACGCUCGAGUUGUGAAAUCUGUACCUCAGGACAAAGCACAGUCGAGUCCCCAGGCUCAGCGAAGGCCCAAUGAUGAUGGGCAAAAUCAGGGUUACACAGUUGAAAGACAGUACCGAGGGGAAGCACCAAAACAAAUGGAGCCGAAAGUGCAGAAUAUGGACAGACAGAAUCAGGACCCAAGAAGAUAUGAGGAGCCCCAAGGAUAUAGGAAUGACGAGCAACGAUACCAAGAGGAGCUCCAGAAAAGUUAUGUGGAUGAAUCGCGGAAAGGUUACCCGACUGAUAUGCAACGUGGGUUCCAACCAGAUGUUCGUGGGGACCAGAAACCAGCGUACCAAGAGGAGCCAGCAAGGGGUUACAAUGAACCCCCGAGAGGUUUUAGUGAUCCUCAGCAAGGUUACCAUGACCGACCACAAAAAGGCCAUAACGAUCCACAAAAGGGCUACAUGGAAACGUCAAUUGGUUAUAAUGAUCCACCUAUGGGUUAUAAUGAACCACCAAAGGGUUAUAAUGAACCGCCAAAGGGGUACAAUGAACCACCAAAGGGAUACAAUGAACCACCAAAGGGAUACAAUGAACCACCAAAGGGAUACAGUGAACCACCAAAGGGAUACAAUGAACCCCAGCGAGGCUCUUACAUUGAACCACAGAAGGGUUAUACUGAACCUCAGAAAGGCUACAGUGUUCCACAGCAAGGUUCUUAUAGCGAACCUAAUCGGGGCUCCUACGGUGAACAACCAAAGAACCACAGUGAUCCCCGUUCCUACACUGAACCGCCAAAAAGCUACAAGGAACCUCAGAGAGGAUAUAGUGAGGACGUGCAAAGUUAUCCUGCCGAACCAAAGGGUUAUCCACCACAGCAUGAAGAACCAGCCCGAGGAGGGUACCCCGAACCUGCCCGGGAUGAACCGCCCAAGUCACAGCAGCAGAAACCAAACGAUUUCCAGUAUGGGGCACCACAGAAAGGGUAUGAAUCACCGCGGCUCAACAAUGCCAGAUUGGGGUAUAAUGACCCACAGAAAGGUUUCGUCUCGUCUGAAGAUCUAAAAAUGCCGGACCUGUACCCUCAGAUUCAUAACAAUAUUCAUGACCCACCAAAAAGUUAUUCAGAUGCUCCACAAGAUAAUCCUCGAGGUUACAAUGGACAGCGAGAGGAUCCCCAUACCCCACAGAAAGAGGAUCGGAAGGCCAAGAAUGGGGUUCCAGGGUACAUGCAGGAGCAGAACUUCCAGAGUCCUUACUCGGCACGGAGUCAGCCUAAGAUUGCAUAUUCUUCGGUUGCGGAUGAACCCGCACCGCAGACCCACAAGAUUGGAUCUGUUGCUGAUCUAGAUCCUCACCCCGCCAGAAAUGAUUACCGCCAUUCCAGUGGAAACCAAUAUGGCGGCCAGCCGCAGUACCAACCACCAGCGCAAACGCAGCAUGCCCCGCAGCCGCAUCAUGCGCCUGUACAGCAACAAAUGUCAGGAAGAGGGACCCACCAAACUCACCAUAGUCACCAAACUCAUCCGACUCACUUGAGUCAUCAUCAUCAGGCUGCUCAUCAAACUCAACAGGCUCAUCACCAAACAAGUCAUCAAGCUCACCAAACGAGUCAUCAAACUCACCAAACGAGUCAUCCAAUUCACCAAAUGAGUCAUCAAACUCAACAAUCGAGUCACCACCAGACUCAGCAUCCUGCUCACGAGUCUCACCACUCGCACCAGACUCACGAGUCACCGUCGAGAUUUUCCACGUUCAAACAACAACAUUCGGUACCGACCACCCCCAGAUACCAAGCACUUUAUGACUACAGCGCGGGUGACGACGAUGAAGUCACUUUCCAAGAAGGCGACAUCAUCGUCGAUACGGAAACUAUCGAUCCCGGCUGGAUGAUGGGUCGCGUGGAACGUACGGGAAAGUCGGGAAUGUUGCCUUCAAAUUACGUUGAGGAGUUACGUUAGGAAUGGAAAAUUUUGGCAUUCGGAUCGCAAAUCUUUGAAAUAUUGUCGCACUUUGAGAGUUUUCGAAAUGGGUUGUAAUAUACGUAUAUUGUGGCUCAGAUUGUUGCAAUGAUUUGAUGAGGAUCUUAAACAUUUAUUGAAAUUGUUGCACGGUUAAGUUUUUGAAUUUGAUCGCGGAUUAUUGAUAUUUAGGUCUGAGUAUUGCAAUGAUUGAUCCUGGGUGAAAUGGUUUUCCGAGGAUUGUAUUACACAAGAAUAGCUUAUUGCAAUGAUCUGAAUAUACUGUAGGAGUGGCAUUUUUUUCUAACAUUGAAAAUUGCCGUCACACGAUUAGGUUUUUGAAAAGUUGAUUAUGUAUUUUAAUAUCGCAGUUCAUGUUGAGAUUUGUUGUAAAGUUUGUGCACACUCAAAAGUUUUAUGCUAAAGAAAUUGUGCACACUCAAUACUUUUUAGCUAAAAAUUAUUUUAUGCCUUAUUGACUGAAGUGCAUUUCAUACAGUUAAAUGCUAAUAACAUAUAAAUAGUCCCAUCCAACAGCAGCCAUGUAGCUAUAUUUAGAUAAAAUAUAUUACCUUAGGCCAAUGAAAUUUGAAAUCAGGUUCUCGUCAGACACUUUUAGGAAAUGGGUAAUGGUUUUUGUUCAUCUCUCAGCUUCUACCAUGAAUUAAAACAAUGAUUUUCCUGGUCAAAAACACAAACUCAUUGAAAAUAGUCUUAACGGCCAGAAAACUAAAAAAAAUGGUGAGGCUUUGGAAAAUAGUCACCAUCAGGGUUUGACCUUCGACUCCUUCAUGUUUAAACGUGUUUUUCUGUUGCUCUGGCCCUGUCCACAAGUCUUGCAAUUGAUUACGAGAACCAUGAUACCAUGUUUGAGUGGCCUCAUGUAGUUCUGACGGAUAGGUACAGAAAGUUUUUCUCGAAUUUAUUUGGUGGAAUUGGUAUUUGUAUUUGUAUAUCAUGAUUUAACCGAGAACAAGAAUCAUUUACAUGUAAUGAGAGAGAAAAAUAACUUUAAAGUUUAAUAGGUUUUUCAUUUACAUUGAACUUUUUAUGAAUGUUUUGUGAAAGAGGAGGGGGCAACAAGACGCUUGUUGGAUGCAGAAUUAUACAUCUAUUGUUGAACUCUCAACAUUUCAAAAGAAUUCCCUUGACAGGAAUUUCUUGGCCCCCCGGGUUACUGCCAGAUUCGAUUCACUCCACAACUUGUAUAUGUAUGCUUAUAUCACGCAGCAAAUUUAGUUUUAUAGCUUAGCUGCAGAUAGUUUCAUCAGCUUGGUUUUUGGUAGGCAAUGAAAGUUCUAACUUUUAUCGCAAGCAGAGGAAUUUUCCUUGUGUAAAUACUAUAAUAACUAAGCGUAACAUUUACAGUCCCCGAUCAGAAAUGACGUAGUUUGACUGCAUUCAAAGAUAUACCCAUUGAACAAUGGCGCUUACUUCAGCAAUUGAUGACUUUUUUGGGCAAUGAUCGGGGAUUGUAAUCUCGUUCCCUGAGUGAGUUCAUUGGGCAUGGAUGACACUGAGUUGACGUAGCUGGUUGACGGACUUGUUCUCGAAUGAGGCCAUCCUGGAGCUCAGGCCAACACUCGGCACCAUCGACCGAACUUGCCCUGAAUAAACCGACAUGCUUCACUGAUAUCACAACACCCCCGCCGUUUGAUGAUAAAUGCGUACCAUCCAUGUCUCAAAACCACUUUUCAAAUUAGUACAAACUGCUUUCUAGUUAUUCAAUAAGUCAUAUUCCAUUCAUUCCUUACUUUAAUUGACACUUCUGAUGUUCUUUUGUUGUAUUAGUCGAUGUUUUUCUCCAAACGCGGGGAGGAUGAUGGCUAUCAUCGGUUUAGUCCAGGGUCUGUAACGUAUGAGGGGAGGAGGAUAUAACUAACUCUGGAUUUUCGAGGAUGGACUAGGCCUGACCUCGAUCUAAAUGCUUAGCUGAAUAUUUUAAUGUGUCAUGCUUAUGUUCUAGAAUUACCUCAUUCUUGUAUUUGAUUUUAAACCAUUUUACACUGCAAGCGCAUAUUGCUGUAUAUAUUAUAAUGUUCAUGCAUUUUAUUUUGCAUUCAGGGUGUUCCCAAAAAAUUUGAGAACAACCUGGUUUAGAUAUUUCUUAGCACCCGGCGUAGAGAUUAAGUAAUGCGUAGGUUAGUAUGUAUGUUUUAUUGUUCGUCUGCCCGGCAAUGGACUCGACCAAAAACUGUCAACCCCUUUAUUUUAGCGUGUGCCUAACAUGUAUAUUAUCACGAGUUUAGUUUUAUAAGUUGUUAAAGAAAGGUCAAGCAUUGAUUACUGCUCUGAUGAUGUACAAAUGUAUUCAUUGGAAAAACAAUCAAUUUACGGAAUUUAAUGGUAGAGAAAUCUAAGAAGACAUUUUCCAAUAAAAUUAGGGGGCCGUGAAAUAUAUCGGUGUUUACAGCUGAUGAAAGAACUAUGAUGAUUACCGGUAUGUGUUAUUAGCUCAGUUGAUCAGAUGCACCCACUGUUUGUGUAUAAUUUCCGAUCAUCUGUAGCAUUUAGUACCCUCUUUAUACAACUCUGUACCAUACGUAAGUCUUGCUCGGUAGUUACUCACCUUCUCUCUUAAGAUUGAGGAGAACAUUUAUUUUGCACAUGUAUUGUUUCAUUUUGGUGCUCCCCAGUUGGGGCCCCGUGGUGUUGGUAGGUGUUGUACAUUUCAUUACUGUUGGCAAUGUGCAACUGAGGCCCAGAAUGGGGGUUUAGCAAUGAUGUAUUGUAUAUUCGGAAAUAGAUUAAAAAGAGUUUGGCAAUGGUGGGAUAAAAUCAUAUGGGUGAGAGAGCAGACAAAGAGCAUAAAAGAGCAGGCGAAGUCUGUAUAUUUUGUUAUGUUGUCAUCAGUACCAUCAUAUACCAUGCAUUGUUCUGUACAUCAUGUAAUGUGAGGGGAGUCCCUUGACCCCUUUUGAUACAUGUAUUGAGUUUUAGCACAGUACUAUGCACUAUAUUGUGAUAGGUAGAGAUUUCUGUUUAUUUGCGUCUGUAGGCGGAGAUUGAGCAUAUUUGCCCAAUGUAGAUUAUCCUUUAUCUGCUAUUUGUUGGGGGGGAGGGGGGAGGGGUGGAUAACUUUGCUGUGUGGUUCACAGUAUAUUGGAGUAGGUUACUCCUACUUUUCCUUUGUGCUCAUGUGGUGUGGGGAACUGUGUUCAGUUACCUUAGUAUUCACUUAAUACAGUAGAAUCUCUCUAUAAAAGACACCCUUGGGACUGACAAAUGCUGUCCUUAAUUGAGAGGUUUCCGGAAUACAGAGGUCAAAUUCAAUGGAAUUGACUAAUUUGGAAACAAAUUGAGGGUAACUAAUUGAAAGGGUGUCCUCAAAAGAGAGGGAGGUUCCUCUUUUUGUAAAUUUUUGCCAUUUUGAGAAGACUCCAAAGUUAAAUAUUUAUUUGAAGAAUGAGGAAUACAAUGUCGUGAAAUGAAGUAGAUUUGGCAUGCAUAUAUUCUUUGCAGCACCACCUUUUAGAAUGGUACAGAAUGGUGCAUCUUUAUAUUGAGUAGUGAUUGUGCUCAAAACUAGGUAUAAAUGAAAAUGGCAUCAUCGAUAAGUGAAAAAACAUAUGUCUACAUGUACUACUAUCUACAGUUGUUUCAUUUUGCAUUGGACUUUUGAUGUACUAAUAUAUGCCUAUCCCAUUGUUACAUGUUUUUAUGCUGUCAAGCCUAGGUUAAGAGAGCUUGUAAGCUAUGCUUGAUGAUAUAAAUUUGCGUGUGGAGCAGUAGACCAUCCAAAAAUCGACGAUUCAAAUCUGAGUCAACACUUGAGUUCUCAGUAUUUCUCGUAUUCAUAUAAAUUUGUGUGGUUCUUUUUCUCCACCAAACCAGGCCAGAGAUUCCCUCGAUACAGCUGAACUACCAAGUGAAUAGCAACUGUGUUUGAAGGCCGUCAUGGUGAUACCUUAUUUUUAGCUUUAGUGUACAGUGUGUGAUUGUAUCGGCAGUGUAAUAUUUUAGUCCUUGCUUUGUAUACAAUGUAAGCUUUCUGUUCAAAUAAUACAAUUAUGUAACUAUAUAUCUUGUUCUCAAUCAAA